CUACCAAUGACGACCGACCACAUCUCUCGCCGACUCGGUGUGCACGCCGAUGAACUCUACACAGCUCACAAGCUUUUCCCAAUGCUGCGUUGUGCUGCGCGCGCGACCUACGAUGAAUCAUUGUGACUGAUACGGAUGGUGGGGUUCACAUGAGCUCUGCUGUUGCUAUCGCCUUCCUUCAGACAGGAUGACAUCUCUCUUGCAAUCGACCUUCGUCGCCAGGCGAUACCUCUUCCGCACAUCCCAAGCUGUUCUUCAAUCACAGACUUCGAGCUCAAGAGCCGGAUUCCACACGACGAUAAAGAGAAUGUCUGAUCUCAGUGUUGAGCUGACGGCGCCGAAUGGUCGGAAAUACACUCAACCCACUGGCCUCUUCAUCAACAAUGAGUGGGUUGCAGGAAGCAAGGGCGAAAAGAUCACCACCAUCAACCCUACUGAUGAAUCUGAAAUCACCUCAGUGCAUGCUGCCGAGCCUGAAGACGUCGACAAGGCGGUUGCCGCAGCCCGAGCGGCAUUGAAGGGUCCAUGGAGGAGCUUAUCACCUUCGGUGCGCGGCGACAUGCUGAUGAAGCUAUACGAAUUGAUCGAACGCGAUAAGGAAUUGCUAGCGACGAUCGAGACUUGGGACAAUGGAAAGCCUUACUUGGCGGCACUUCACCAAGAUGUUGCUGGCACGUCAGCGUGCAUCAAAUACUACGCCGGCUGGGCCGAUAAGGUCCACGGGCAAGUCAUCGACACAUCUCGUGAUAAGUUAGCAUACACUCUUCGCGAACCGGUCGGAGUAUGUGGGCAGAUCAUUCCGUGGAAUUAUCCAUUGGGAAUGGCAGCGUGGAAACUUGGUCCGGCUCUGGCCUGUGGAAACACAGUCGUCAUGAAAGCGGCCGAGCAGACUCCCCUAUCAAUCCUUGUCCUGGCAAACUUGAUCAAGGAGGCCGGGUUUCCUCCUGGUGUUGUCAACAUUCUCAACGGUCACGGUCGCGUUGCUGGAGCAGCUAUUGCGCAACACACGGACAUCGACAAGAUUGCGUUCACCGGCUCUACGGCUACUGGUCGUGAGAUCAUGAAGAUGGCGGCGGUCAACCUGAAAAACAUCACACUCGAAACAGGCGGUAAAUCUCCCCUGCUGGUGUUCGACGACGCCGAUCUUGACCAAGCCGUCAAAUGGGCUCACAUCGGAAUCAUGUCCAAUAUGGGCCAGAUCUGCACCGCCACCAGCCGAGUUCUCGUGCAGAGUAAAAUCUACGAUUCCUUCGUCGCCGCCUUCACCAAGCACAUCACCGCCACCAGCACGGUCGGCGACCCCUUUGCCAACGAGACUUUCCAAGGUCCGCAGGUCACCCGCGCCCAAUACGAGCGCGUGCUCUCCUACAUCGACGCCGGGCGCAGCGACGGCGCGACCCUGGCCCUCGGCGGCCAAGCGGAGAAGAACGUCGCCGGCGGGCGCGGCUUCUUCAUCGAGCCGACCGUUUUCACCGAUGUUACGCCGUCGAUGCGGAUUUUCCGCGAAGAAAUCUUCGGACCCUUCGUCGUCCUCGUACGGUUCGACACGGAAGAAGAAGCAUUGGCCCUCGCGAACGACACCACCUACGGUCUGGGCGCGGCGGUCUUCACCAAGGAUCUCGUCCGCGCGCAUCGACUUGCACGGGAUAUCGAGGCUGGGAUGGUCUGGAUCAAUUCGAGCCAGGAUAGCGACCAUCGCAUUCCCUUCGGCGGCGUGAAGCAGUCUGGUAUCGGACGGGAGUUGGGCGAGGCCGGAUUGGCGGCGUAUACGAAUGUCAAGGCGGUGCAUGUGAAUCUUGGGUUGACCUUGUAAGCAGAAGGUUCCCUUCCGCCACGAUGGGAUAUGGGAGGAGGGCAGGGGUAGCAUCUAGCAUCUAGCAUAGCAUGGCAUAUAAUUCGAGUAUGAGGGAGACGGGAGACAAGGUGCUUUGCAUACUGUAAGCACUGCCAUUCGCAUGGAAUCCCAAUCAUGAUUAUAAUGUCUGCCACAACAGACAUGAAAUGAAAACGUGAUGAGCAAAAAAUGAAAUACCAUCAAUACAGAAAAUAAUGCACA